UUGGAAGAUGGUUAAUGGAGAUCGGAAGUGCUGAAGUAAUGGCUUGAAUCAUAGUUUGUGUUGUUGAAUACACGGAUAUUUCCGUCUGGAUGAGUGUGUUGCUGAUAUUUUCAAAGUAGCCGUAAGCUGGUGGUGAUAAUAGUAAGUAGUGUUAACUCUCUGUAUUUUGUAAGCAUUACAAUGCGCGAGUUUAAAGUAGUUGUCCUCGGUUCGGGCGGGGUUGGUAAAAGUGCACUUACGGUACAAUUCGUGUCUGGUUGUUUCAUGGAAAAAUAUGACCCAACAAUUGAGGAUUUCUACAGGAAGGAGAUAGAGGUUGAUAAUUCACCAUGUGUGUUGGAAAUAUUGGACACGGCAGGUACAGAGCAGUUUGCAAGUAUGCGCGAUUUGUACAUUAAAAACGGACAAGGUUUUGUUGUGGUUUACAGUUUGACAAAUCACCAAACGUUCCAAGAUAUCAAAACAAUGAAAGAUCUUAUUACUCGCGUUAAAGGAACAGAAAGGGUGCCAAUCCUACUCGUUGCUAACAAAGUUGAUCUUGAAAAUCAACGUGAAGUUGAAACUAAUGAAGGCGACGGUUUGGCUCGCAUUUGGGGUUGCCCAUUUGUUGAAGCAAGCGCCAAAAACAGGACAAAUGUGAAUGAAGUGUUUGCAGAAAUCGUAAGGGAAAUGAAUGUCAGUCCAGAAAAAGAGAAGAAAAGUUAUUGCUGCUGCUCAUUACUGUAAUGUGUAGUUCAGUUGGGCCUCCAAUUGAACACAAAUUAUCCUGCUGUAAACGUUUUUAUUGAUCAACGUUAAUCAGGUAUAGUUAUUGGGCCUAGUCGAUAAGCAUUUUGAGGAAAUGUCUAAUAAAAAAAGUCCAGCCCUAUAUAUUUUAAUUUCUUUUUGGGCAUGUAUGCCAAUCUUAAGUAGCAGUCAUGUUUAAAUGUUUUGUGUAUUUACAUGUUAAAUAUGCCCGCAGUUAAUUAUAUUUUCGCUUUUUACUCUAUUGUAAAUAUUCUUUACAUUUGGUUUAUAUUGUGGCAAGUUUUUUGAUUAAUUAUGCAUAGUGCCUCAUUCAGCAUACAAUUAGUGUAGAAUAAUGUGAAUGACCAUUUAUAUUAAGAAACUCCUAACUGACCAAAUCUCGGAGAUAUCUUCAUAGUGUGAUAAUAGACUAAUUACAUUGAACCUUUUAGAUUUUUUACUUCAUACACAUAUGUAAAUAGCCUAUUUUGUGUGCAAAAUAUAUAUUUAUUACAAUAGUCAAUUUUGUGUGGUAAAGUUGGCCUAUGUUCUAAUGUUACAAUGCAGUUGCUCUGCUGAAGAGAUUGAAGGGCUGUAAUAAUGUGUUGUAAUGUUUUUAAAGUUAAUAACUGUAUAGUCAUCAAAGAAGUGAGUGUUUUAUAUGAUAGGCUGGUAACUUGGCAGUGUUUCUAAGUUUAUUAAUGUGACUGAAAUCACUGACUAGUAGAAACAGUGUUGGGAUUAUCAGAUAAAAUAAUGAAUUUUAAUGACUAGCGGCAUAAAUAUUUUGUAGCCUCAGCAGUAAACAGAAGUUAAGUAACAGCAAAUACUAAUUAAAAGGUAAAAGUUACUGUCUUGUGUAGACUAUAUACAUUUUAUUACUAAAAAAGGCCUAUUUAGGAAUUUCAUUUUGAGCCCAUGCUGUUACUUGAAAGCUAAUUGUUUCAUUACCUGUAUUUAUGAAAAAAAAUGCUGGUAUAAAUGGAACCAAAAAUUGUUUUAAAUGAGUUAAUUUAUCCAAUGUGGCAAUUUGACGGUUUCAAAAUGUCCCCACAGUUCUGAUUGUAGAUCUACAUGUGCUCUGUUCAAAUUUGAAGUAAUUUAAGUAAACCUACAUAAUACUUCAUGCUAGGACCCUGUAUCAUUGUUAAAAUGUGCUUACUAUUAAUUUGCAGUGUGGCACAGCAUAUCAAGUGCCUUUGUUUUGUUUAUCUAAAAAGUUCUAUUACAAAGUUAACUAUUAAAGCUUGCUCUACAUUUGCCACAGCUAAUGCAGUCACAAGAAGUUAAAGGCACAGUCAUAGGUAGUGUUGCUAAAUUUGUGCUUAACCCACCAAAGGAAAAAUCAUAUGCAUGGCAUACUUACAGGAAAUUGACAAAAUUGGAAGUUUACUGUGUGCCGUGAGCAGUGUUGAGUGUGCAGCUAAUCAGAAAACAUAUAUUUUAUACUUUGUUAGGAUGCUUGAUAAGCAUAUCUUUAAAGAAAACAGGAAGGUAAAUAAUUGAACUUUAGUAAAAAGCCUAUUUUGUCUUAUGUAUUCUGAAGAUAACAGGUAGGUAUAUUAAUUUUUUUCAUGGCAAGUCAUAUUAACUGUACAUAAUAAUUCCAUUAGGAAAAUGGUACUAUUCUUACAGCACAUUUUUCCUGUAAAGUAGUAAUAGAAUUCCAAAAAUACUUAGUUUUGGACAAUAGAAACAUUCCUGUAUUUACCCUGAAAACAGUGUUUCUAUAUUCCUACUGUUUUUGAGAAAUCACCAUUACUAGAUUACAUUUUUACACAAUACCUGUGCAUUAAUGUGGCUGCUACCAUUUUUUCCUUUCUCGUGUGUCUUUGUGUGUGAUGAUUUGGGGAACUUUAGUUAAAUUGUCAAAAUGUAAAAGUGGUAGAUUAUGUUUGGUUAGCUACAUUAAAAAUACUUCAAAAUAAUGUGAAUGGUUGGUUGGGUUAGGCUAGCUACAUAUUAAAUGGGUUAAUUCCUACGCAACCAUUAAAAAUAUUUUUAAGUUUUUUUAACGUAGCUAUACUAACCCAACCAUUCGUCCACAACUGUUUUGAAAUAUUUUUAGACAGUUAACCUAACGUAAUUGACCAUUUUCACAAUUUGACUGAAGUUCUCCCAUUCAUGUACACAGAGACCCACACAGGAAAGUGAAAAAGGGCGGUGGCCAUGUCAAUGCACACACAUUGUAAGGUAAGUUAUAAACAGUGAUUUCUCAGAAACCACAAGGAAUUCAGAAAUGCUGUUGUUGGGGUUAAUACAGGAACAUGACUGUUUGAAAAUAACGUAUUUUUGGAAUUUUAUUAUUACUUCACAGGAAAGCCGCACUGUAAGAACAUUACUGGAAAAAUAAAUGCUUGGUUUUUUUAAUGCAAUUGUCAAAAGAUAUAAAAUGUGAGAAGAGGUUUGGAAAUGGUUGUGUGGGGUACAAACAUAGCAGCCUACAAAUUAUAUUUGUGUUUGUGCUAGAUUUUUGUGCUGUUGUGAAUAUAGUUCAGGCGUUAGUAAUUUCUAAUUCCAAACUUUCUGGCUUUCAAUUCUUCAUUGUUUUACAUUGAGAUAGUUAUAAAUAUUUAUAUUUUAUAACUUUCUUUGUACCAGUUAAAGAUUUUUUUCCCUAUGUUUUGCAAUGAUUAUUUUCCUCAAAAAAGUAUUAUGUAAUUUUGAUGCUCUGUAAAGUAUUUAAAAAACUAACUAUAUCACCUGUUGCUUUAACACUAUAAUACUGUAGUAUUUUGUACUUAAGAUCUGCAGAUAGGGCUAUACAUAUUUAUUUGCCUAAUAAACCAGGUAUUUCUUCUUUUUUUUUAUCUGGCAUUAAAUCUGCACAAUAGUUUGGUGCAAAGCAGGUUGGUCUAAUUAAAAUAUUGUCACAUUUCUGAAUUGAAGCAUAGGAUUUAUAAGUGAAUCACUGGGACCUAUGUUGUAAGACUUUGGUUAUUGAACUACAUUAUGACAACCAACGAAGAAGGUUUAAUGUAAUGCAGGAUAUUUAUGUUGGACCAACUUUGCUUGUCAAUUCCUGUGAUAUACCAGUUAAUCAUUGCCAUACACCUUUCUAUUGCGAUUCAGCCAUCAAUACUAGAUUUAUUAUGUGGCCUGACCUGUUGUAUGCUGUGCCCCUGUGAUUCAUCUGUUAUUCCUAGGGUGACACUAGGUAAAUGUUGAAAGUUGGUGGUUAUUUUUGAAAAAAAUCAGAAUAUUGUGUUUUUCAUUGCAGUAAAGUCCUGCUAAUCCAAAACUCGUGCUAAUCCAAUUGAGUUUAAUAGUAUAUAUAUAUUUAUUUUUUAUUUAAAAAUUUUUGUUCUUCACCCAACGUGAUAACUUAAUUCUUAUAGAGAUGCAUUUUACUACAUGCUGUUGAAUUAUGGCAAUUAUUGGGCUCAUCCUAAAAUAUGCUAAUCCAGACAGUUCUGGACCCCCAAUUAGUUUGGAUUAGCAGAACUCACUGUACUACUAACGUUGCUUCUUUAUCCCACAAAAAGGUGAUUUCGAAUUCCAGCAGUAUUCUGAAAACACUCUGUAGUGGGCAUGCCUUGCCUUUUCAUAAAUUUAAUACAGCUUAUUACAAUGUUAAAACAUAAAUAUUGUACACACACAUGUAUUUUUUAAACACAUUUUCCAUACUUGACGUGGCGCUCACACUUAAGCAUUCAUUGAAAGGGAAAACACGGUGCAUCUUGAAUUCAGUGAAUUUUUAAAUUGACAUACAUAAUCACUCACUGAGUAGUUCAUCAAUCAUUAUAUAACGCACAAUAUCUCGCACGUUCACAAACAAUUAAAGCGUAUCCACACAUUUCAUGUGCUUUCAAUUCCAACUGAUCAAAGUGACCAGUUACUGUAAUGCCAGAAAUGGAAAUUCCUAGUACUUAAAAAACUCUUGUUGUAUUAUUUUAUAUUUUAAUAGUGUAUCAAUUUAUUACAAACCAGUUGGUAUUAAUGUGUAAAUUCUUUUUCUAUCAUAACAGAGACAAAACAUAUUAAUUGUAAAGUAAUUUAUGGUGCAAUUGGUAUGUUUGUGAUAAACCUGUCUAUCAUUUACAUUUAAAAAAAAAAAAACACUUGUAAUAUUUUCAAUGCCCUUUCAGUGAAUAAUGUAAUAUUAAUUCUAGUUGCAAAUAAAAUUAUUGUGUUCAUUUAUCUCGUAUAUUUACAAAAAGCAGCUACUUUCAACAAUUACCAUAUACUAGUGCUUAUUAUGUUGUUUUUUUUUCAUGAACUACUACACUCAUUGCUGUUUAGUUUGUUUUUCUUCUGGUUGGCCUUGGCCUAAAUCUUUUGAAAUAAUUAUUUUUUGAUAAUUGUAAUAGCAGUAGGUACAACCUGAUUUUUAUCAUAUUUUCUAAGACUUUGCUUUGUGAUGAAUCAGAAUCCAAACCACUUUUCAUUUAUUGUAACUUAAUUUUGGAUACUUUAUUGUAUAAAUAUACAAUUUAUUAUUUAUCAAAAGGCUGUGAUGGAGUAUUGUCUGAAAGUCACCACGUUUUGUUAUAAUGGAUCUUUGUGUGCACACACUACUACUGCUGAGAUUUUUACUUUUCUAAAAUGUCGUAACUACAUCAGUUUUAUGAGCAGUUUCUGCCAAUUACGAAACUUGCUAGUAUUCUCAGUUACUGGUAGUAAAUUUAUAAAUACUGCCUGUAAUACAGUUGUUUAUUGUAUACAUCAUAUAUUUAAAUACACACUUUUUCAUGGUGGUAAUGUUAAAGAUUAUUUGUAAGUAUAUUGUUUGAUAAAACCACAGUCUUUCGAGCUGUAAUGGUUAUGUAAAUAGUUAUUUGUCAGAUUGAAAUAACAUUUAACAUUUGGCAUUUACUCUCAUUGCAAUGGUUGUACUUGCAGUAAAAACCUUUUAAUAUGAAAUUUGAGUUUGUAAAACCAUGCAUAAAUCCUGAACUCUAUAUUUGCUAUAUGAAGUAAUUUGUUUAGAAGAACAAAAGGUAACUGAACUAUAAAUAGUAAAUAAGCUCCAUUUUUGGUUAGGCCUUUGAAACUGAUAAAUGGCUGUUAUUUGUGCAUUGCUACAGUAGAUUGAAUAUAAGACUAGAUUGUGCGUGCUAGCUGUGCAGUAACAUAUUUGUUGUCCUAACUUUGUAUGGUUUAUUUGCCAGUAUAACUGUUCUACACAUGGUCAUAGCUUACACAGUUGCCACAUUGUUUAAGUUUUAAAUAUCUCUUAGCAUCUCUAUUUUAUGUCUGUAACAUUUUAAAACGUGAUGUCAAAUUACAACCUUACAUUUGAUUAUUCUAACAAAAGUGUGUGCCUGUUAAAUUGCAAAUGUAAAAAAAAAUGUUUUUGUUUACAUUAGAUUUGACAUUUUGAUUGAUAAAUUGUAAGUCAAUCAAUAAUGGCCCCAUGCACAAACAAAAAGAAUAUGUAUCAUUCUGUGUUUGCAUCAUUAGACUAGCACAAUAAAUUGGCCAGUAGUAUACUACAAAAUUGAAUAACUUAAAUGAAAGUGUAGAUGAACAAAUAUUUUAAUAAGUGUGUUUUACAUAACCUAAAUAAAAUUUUGAAACUUUGUAGUUUAAGUGAACAUAUUAAUUUUGUAUUAUACUAUAGUAUUUUAUUUUAAUUGGGCGAAAUGUCCCGUUUAUACGGUUUUGUUUCUUUGGUAGGUCACCUAAGUAAGCAGAGGAAGAUAGUUCAUAUGAGUUGCUGAAAUCUAACACUAUUUUGUACAUAUUUGUGCACUGUGUCUAUAUUUUCAUUUCCUGUGAUAUUAUUACUAUUCUACAGCUGGUAAUGCCUAUUUGAUAAGUUUGAAAAUAUAGACUUAUUAUUAUUAUUAUUAUCAUCAUUUACUCUCAUAAUGUCCACGCUAACAGAAUGUAUAUUAGCUUUAAAGUUUAAUGACAAUGCUGAUGUAUUAUUACAAUAUCAAUUUCAUGCCUAAUAUAAGUAAAAAAAGACAGGAUAACACAAGUGAAUAAAAAUACACUAGGCAAAACACAAACUACAGAUCCUAACAUUCAAUUAGAACUCUGGUGAUUUUUAGGUUUUGUGUUGUUUAUGUUUGUUUAUUAUGUUUUUAUUCAUCUGUGUUGGGUUAUUUAGUUUUCACUUAUGUUAGGCAAUGGGAAAGUUAUAUUGAAAUUAAUAUGCCAGUAAUAGCAUAAGGCUUCAAUAUUGGAAUUUUGGUUAUGUUAAUUUAGUAAGCAUUUUAAGGAUGGGAAGGCAAGCUUACAUAUUAUAAAGAAGAUUGUGUUUUUUUUUUUCACUCAAUAAUUAUUCUUAAUAUUAUUAUUCCUGGUUUGAAAUAAUGUACAAAAUAAUGAAAAUGUUAGUGUGGAUAUUUGUUUGGUUGUUUGUUGUUAAAUUGUGCAAUAACAUUUAUUUAAAACACAUGGACUAGGAAGAUUCUGUGUUAACAUGAUUUGAUGAUUACCAACGGAAGUUUGGCAUGUCGGUUCUCACCUGCAUUAAAUAAUAAUUUAUGCAAUUAUUUAGCAUAUAGUGUUUUAAUUUUAAAUUUUUACUGAAAAUAAUUGCUUUUGGUUAUUAUUUUGAUAUUUAUAUAUACGUACACACCAAAUGUUAUUUUUAUUUUAUACAUAAAUAUAGUGUAAUUUGUGACUGGGUGUGACAAAAAGGUGUCAGCUUGUUAUAAUUUACCAGCAUAUAUUGUAAAAACCUACCUAUUCUAAUGUUUAUGCAAGUUUUAUAUAGUUCCAACAAAUUUUUUUGCAGGCCACAGUCCAUUGUUUGAAUGUAAUCGCCUGGAUAGAUGAAAUUGCAAGAUAUUUUCACGGUGUAACUUUUCAUUAUGUUAUAGCAUUAACUUGUAUUGCAGCAAGCUUGGACUUAGGCUGUAGCAUAUAUUAUUUUUUUCAAUUUGUGAAGGUUAUAUUAUUAUUGGUUACUAGCAUUGUAAAUAUUAUAGUAUUUGUUUACGACACCAAAAAUUGUAAAUAUUUCAUAAUUGCACAUAUAAUGUAGAAGACCAAAGAAAGAUAUGAUGGAAUGUUGUAAUAGUAGGCCUGACUUUUUAUGACUUACUGGAAUGUGUAGUUACCACAGACUUUCCAUGCAUAAUGCUUAACUGGUUUCAUUUACAGAGUAUGAAAAAUAAAUUAAUCUGAACCUUAAAAAAGACAAUUUGUAAAAUUUUUGGUAAGUUUUGUGAUUACCUGUAAACAUUUAUGUACCUACGUUAACUUCAGACAGGUCUACUGCAUUAAAAUUAUCUACAUGGAUUACACAAAUAUAGAUGAUGAUGAAAUUUAUGUUGUUGAAAUGAAAUGGGAUUCAGAUAAGAAAAAAAUUAAUAAAUUUUUUUGUGUUUGAGCAAUUUUCAGAUAUUUUUCAGCAUUGCAUUUGUUGGUUAAACUCAAAAGAAUGGACCUUAUCAGAAAGAAACUGAAUGAAUACAGUGCAAUCAGAGUGUUACACAAUUCUUGGAGAUUGUAAUGGGUGCAAUAUAUUUAUAUACUCACACAUAAAUUGUCUUUUGAAAAUAUACAUUUUUGAGAAAAA